CAGAUUUCAGAGUCCAUGUCGACGUUAACGAAGCAGCAGAGGAGACCAGAUUCAAAGAUGGUCGGUGUUUCUGGUUCAUGUCUCUGAAUGACUGAAGUCCAGAAGAUGGAUGAUUGUGUGGAGGAAGAGGAGGAGAGACCAGAGUCUCCAGGACCCAGCUGUCUGUCUAUGAAGAGUGACUGGUCCAAAGAUCAGAAUCCAUACUUCAGUAAAGAACCUGGACCCUCAGACACAGAAGGGAGGAAGAGGAAAGGAGUUUGUGUGGGGGAGCAGCCGUCCUGCUGUCCUUUGUGUCAGGACGUCCUGAAGGAUCCAGUCUCUACCAGCUGUGGACAUUGGUUCUGCAGACGCUGCAUGAGCUCAGACUGGGACCAGUCUGCUCCACCAGGACCGUCCUCCUGUCCCCAGUGUGGAAAAAGAUCCAGAACCAGAGCUGGACUGCAGACAGCCAGUCAGAGCAGAACUGUACAAGAUGCUGGUCUGCAGGAGGUCCGGGAUGAACACAAGACCAGUCUGAGGAGGAGAUGUGAACAUGUGACUGAAGGAAUUGAUGAAACAGGAAGUAGAACCCCCCUCAACAGGAUCUACACGGAGCUCUUCAUCACAGAGGGACUGAGUGAAGAGGUUGAUACCCAACAUGAGGUGAGGCAGCUGGAGACAGCUUCCAGGAUGAAGAGCCUCCAUGACACUCCAAUCAGGUGCCAGGACAUAUUUAAAGCCUUACCUGACCAACAUGGAGCCAUCAGAGUGGUACUGAUGUACGGUGUCGCUGGCGUUGGGAAAACCGUCAAGGUUCAGAAGUUCUCUCUGGACUGGGCCGAGGGCUCGGAGAACCAAGACGUCACCGUGGUGAUUCUGCUCUCGUUCAGGGAGCUGAACCUGAUCAGAGAUGAGCAGCUCAGUCUUCUCAGGCUGAUCCAGGAUUUCCAUCCAUCAUUACAGAACUUCACAGCAGAGCAGCUGGCUGCCUGGAAACCGUUGUUCAUCUUUGACGGCCUGGAUGAAAGCAGACGUUCCCUGGACUUCAACAACGGUCCGGUCGUGUCUGACGUCACACAGAGCUCAUCGGUCAACGUGCUGUUGACCAACCUCAUCCAGGGGAACCUGCUUCCCUCAGCUCUCAUCUGGAUCACUUCCAGACCUGCAGCAGCCAAUCAGAUCCCUCAGAAAUACGUUGACAGGGUGACAGAAGUACGAGGCUUCACCGACGCCAAGAAGGAUGAGUAUUUCAGGAGGAGGUUCAGUGAUGAAGAGUGGUCCAGCAGCAUCAUCUCCCACAUGAAGACAUCCAAAACCCUCCACAUCAUGUGUAAACUCCCGAUCUUUUGCUGGAUCACUGCUACAGUUCUGGACCACAUGUUGACCACAGAGCAGAGAGGAGAGCUGCCCAAGACCCUGACUGACAUGUUCUCACACUUCCUGGUGGUCCAGACGAAGAGGAAGAAGAACAAGUACCAGGAGGGACAUGAGACGAGUCCACAGGAGCUGACGGAGGCCGACAGGGACCUUCUCCUGAAGCUGGGGAAGUUGGCGUUUGAACAUCUGGAGAAAGGAAACAUCAUGUUCUACCAAGAAGACCUGGAGCAGUGUGGUCUUGAUGUCCCAGAGGCCUCGGUGUACUCAGGAGUUUGUACCCAGAUCUUCAGGAGAGAGUGUGAGAUCUUCCAGAAACCCGUUUACUGCUUUGUUCAUCUGAGCAUCCAGGAGUUCCUGGCUGCAGUCUACUUGCUCCACUGUUACUCCACCAGAAACACAGAUGUGCUGGAGAACUUCCUGGGAGAAAACAGAUUCUCAUCUCUGGAUGAAUUCCUGGAGAGAGUCAUGUGGAAAUCUAUGGACAGUAGAAAUGGCCACCUGGACCUGUUUGUCCGCUUCCUUCAUGGUCUUUCUGUUGAGUCCAACCAGAGACUGUUAAGAGGUCUGCUGAACCAGACGGAGAACCGUCCAGAAACCAUCCAGAGAGUCAUCAACAACCUGAAGGAGAUGAACACUAUUAGAAUCUCUCCUGACAGAAGCAUCAACAUCUUCCAGUGUCUGAUGGAGAUGAACGACCUCUCAGUUCAUCAGGAGAUCCAAGAGUUCCUGAAGUCAGAGAACAGAUCAGAGGAGGAACUCUCUGAGAUCCAGUGUUCCGCUCUGGCCUACAUGCUGCUGAUGUCAGAGGAGGUUGUGGAUGAGUUGGACCUGGACAAGUACAACACAACAUGGAUGGGUCGACAGAGACUGAUUCCAGCCGUGAGGAACUGCAGAAAGGCUCGAUUUGUUGAUUGUCGGCUCUCAAAGACUCACUGUGAAGUUGUUGCAUCCGCUCUGAAGUCCAACCCCUCCCUUCUGACAGAACUGGACCUGAGUCUGAACCACCUGCUGGAUUCAGGAGUGGAGCUUCUGUCUGGUGGACUGGAGAGUCCAAACUGUAGACUGGAGACUCUGAGGUUGAAGUUGUGCAGGUUGUCAGAGAAAAGCUGUUCUUCUCUGAUCUCAUCUCUGAAGUCCAACCCCUGCCAUCUGAAACAUCUGGACCUGAGUAAGAACGACCUGCAGGAUUCAGGAGUGAAACAUCUCUGUGGAUUUCUGAAGAAUCCAAACUGCAGACUGGAGACUCUGAGAUUGAAGAGCUGCAGUUUGUCAGAGAUCAGCUGUUCUUGUCUGGUCUCAGCUCUGAAGUCCAACCCCUCCCAUCUGAAACAUCUGGACCUGAGUUACAAUGAGAAGCUGCAGGAUUCAGUAGUGAAACAUCUGUGUGGUUUCCUGGGGAGUCCAGACUGCAGACUGGAGACUCUGAGGUUGGAGGACUGCAGUUUGUCAGAGAUCAGCUGUUCUUCUCUGGUCUCAGCUCUGAAGUCCAACCCUUCCCAUCUGAAACAUCUGGACCUGAGUAAGAACCAGCUGCAGGCUGCAGAUGUGGAGCAGCUGUCUGAUCUGGUGCAGAGUCCAAACUACCAGCUGCAGACUCUCAGAAAAUGAACCAAACAGACGACGGUGGACCAGGUGGACUCUUCUCAGAGGAGACGUCCUCCUCUAAUCUCUCAACACCAGCAAAGGUUGGUGAAGCUUGUGGCUCCACCAACCUCCACCUCUCCCUCAUCAAACACCCUGGUCUGCUCCCACCGCACCUUCCUGCUCUCAGACAAACAUUUCUUCUGUCCCUGGUCCUAAAUCAAGAGACACAACAGCAUGAAGAAGAAGACUCCAACCUGGGAGAAGGAUGUGAGCCUUUUAUCAGAAUGAAGCCGAUCACAGCGAGCAACGCUCCGCCUUCCUCUGGUCCUCUAAAACUCUCCACCACAGGUUCCUGUGAGAGGAAGGAAAAGUCCUGCAGCAGGUCCCGUUCAAGCAGCUUUCCCUCGCCGACUCAUGAACCUUCUGCAGAAAGCAGAAACCUAAAGCUGGGCAUACACUGUGCGAUAUUUUAAAUCGUUUGAUUCAGCCCCAUCUCACACUGCACGACUAGAUUGCUGAGUUCAAAAGUUCACAGCCGCCGAUUUAUGGUCUCACACUCUACGACCCGAUGCUCGGAUGCUCCGUCUGCUCACACGAUCAUAAUCCCGUCGGACUUCUGUGUACCGGAACUGCAAACGUGCGUCCUGCCCACCCAAUCAAAGGCUAUGGGGAUCCUUUAUUUUUUUAUAAUUUUAUUUUUUUAUAUAUAUAUAAAAAAUCCCAAAAUAUCUGUACCGUUUCUGAUUGUGUGGGCACUGCGCAUCAUUUUUAGACACAACAAUGAACGCAUACCGCAAAAGUUGUGUCUCGGCGGAGGAACCUGACGUCCCAGCAAAAUGAGCACAACAGAGAAGAGAAGUAUUCUGCGGGCUCUACUAUUAUUUUAAUAUGUUGUGUACGGCGACCUUGAGUGCCUACAAAGGCGCCUUAGAAAUAAAAUGUAUUUUUAUUGUUAUUAUUAUUAAGUGUUCAGAACAGCGCACACUAAAGGCUGAUUUAUGGUUCCGCGUUACACCAACGCAGAGCCUACGGUGCAGGGUACGCGGCGACGUGCACCGUACGUGGAAAUGCAGCCUUUUUUUUGCUAUUAAAACAUGAUUUGUAAUGUGAAUUUGCAACACUUAAACUAAAAAUAAUAGUUUUUGACGUGACAUCAGAGAUUGCGCAUGCUCUCUGCGAAAGGAUGAGGCAAAUCGGGUCGUAGCUGCUUCUACUGUGAUUUUUUCACGAGGAGCGACCAGGAUUUCAAACACGCUUGAUUUUCUUGCGAGCUCACGAUUUGUGAUCGGGAGCUCGUCGUGAGGUGUUAAUCUCUCGUCGUGAGGUGUUACUCUCUCGUCGGGAGGUGUUACUCUCUCGUCGGGAGGUGUUAAUCUCUCGUCGUGAGGUGUUAAUCUCUCGUCGUGAGGUGUUACUCUCUCGUCGUGAGGUGUUAACCUCUCGUCGUGAGGUGUUAACCUCUCGUCGUGAGGUGUUAAUCUCUCGUUGUGAGGUGUUAAUCUCUCGUCGUGAGGUGUUAAUCUCUCGUCGUGAGGUGUUACUCUCUCAUCGUGAGGUGUUAAUCUCUCAUCGUGAGGUGUUAAUCUCUCGUCGUGAGGUGUUAACCUCUCGUCGUUACCCCACGUUUACUGCACGAGGCACAAGCAACGAUUGGGUCGGAAUCCGUCCGGAUCCAAAAAAUAGUCGCACUACUGGAAAAUCUCAAGACACAAGUCGAACUGCAGCAAUUUCACAAUCAACCACAUGGUCUGAACACACAGGUGCGAGUGAUGGAUGAUGAUUCCUAAAGGAGUGAUUUGACACAGACUGUGUUGGUCACUCAAUAGUGACCCAUGCAUUAGUCCUACAAUCAUUGCAGGUAAACAGAAUAGAAAAAAAAGAUGAGAAAUCAUAUGAAGGAAAAUACAAAAAAUGUAUUGAUUUAUGCACUUUUAUUGAGGAACACAUUUUUUUGAAGUGUCUUUGCUCCAAGGCGAUUUCUCCUCUUAGACACCAGUUCCCUGCCUUAGAAAAAGGUCUUUCACAGGGUACAGAUGAAAAUGGUGAGCAAAAAAAUUUAAGUGUGAGUUGAUAAAGGUGUGGAUAUGUUUACUGGUUAUUUUUCCAAUGUUAUAACGGGUCUUUGAACGAUCCAUGAAGUCAGUGGAACAAGGUGAGGGAAAGCAAACAUCCAACAAACCCCCAACAUGUCGAUACAGUUUGUUUCCUCAUAAACAUAAUUUGGUGCGUUACAUCCGAACGAUACUUCCUGUAUCGCUCACAGGAUUCUUUUUCUUAAAGCGAUACAGGCACCAAUACGGAAUUACCCCGACCUUUUGCCCGUCCACGACAAUCCUCCUGUCCAUCCUCCAUAAUAAAAAUAAUACAUCAUUAAUUAAUUAAAAUGGGAAUUAAAUAUAUCAUUAAUUAAUUAAAUGUUUCAUUAAUUAAUUAAAUGCUGAAAUAAUAAAUAUAUUUUUUUACUUAAAAUGAAUUGUAUUUUAAUUAAUUAAUGACAUAUUUAAUUCUAAUUUGAAUUAAUUAAUGACACAUUUAAUUAAUUCAUGAUAUAUUUCAUUCCCAUUUUAAUUAAUUAAUUAAUUAAUUAUGUAUUUAUUUAUUUAAUUUUGGCACAAAAAAUCUUCCAUACAUUAGGACAAUGUUAGUUUAAUAGCUUUAUUUAGUUACACGUUUCAUAUUGGGUUGAUUAUACUUACCAUGUUUCCAUCUCCUUUCUCUGAAACACCAUUCAGGUUCAGUGUUUGGGAAGGUCGGCCUUUUUUAACAUCAGUGACAUCAGUGAUUGAAUUAUUGGGAUACCAAGCAGGAUGAUUUUUUGUUUUUCAGGAGUUACUUUUGUUUGUCCGUUUGAUUUUUCUUUGGAGACAAGAGAAUUUCUGCACUUUAUGUAACUAAAAUGCAUAUGAAGUUGUAAAUUAAUUUGAGCACAUAUAUUUAAUUAGUUUGGUUAGAGUGUUUGUGUAAUGUGACCCGUUUAGGGAAUGGUUUAGUCUGAGUUUAAUUGAUGAGUGACUUCUGUGUGUAUACUUUAAGUGAGAGGGUUUGGGUUUAGAAAGAGAAGAUGAUGUGAUUGAAAAUGGUGCUGUAUUGUCGGUUCCUGGAUUGAGAAAAUGAAGAAAUAAACUUGAGGAAUCGUC